CAGUGCUCCCACAGCCCUGGGAAGCUCCACAGCCUCGGGGCCGGGAGCCCCUGGGCAGGUGACCUGAAGACACCAAACCCCUCAGACAUCUGGGGUUGGGGAUGGACUGGAUGAUCUCCGGAGACAUUUUUGCCUUUUAUUCUGGAUGGGAAUGGUGACUUUCAUCUGGCUCCAACAUCAGACCUUCAAAGGAGGCUGUGCUGCAGGUACACCAGCUCUUGUGUCCAUGGUGGAUCACCACUGCCAUUUCCAGUGCUCCAGGCCCCAGCCAGUUUCAAGAUGAGGAUUGCCUGGAAGGUGUCUAGAAAGCCAGCAGAAGGCAGCCCAUUCCCGAGGAACAGUACCUGCCUGCAGAAGCGAGAAGGAGAAGCCAACAGACUCCCUGACUGGGAACCAUGUCGGUCAAACUCACCUUUGUGUCCCCUGGUGAUGGGGGUGGGAUCAGCAGGAGCUGCUCCUUCACUGGGUUCAGCACUGUGCAAAGCAGAAAACUGGCCAAGUCUCUCAGCAGAAGCUCAGUGAGAUCAAGGAUGUCUCUGAAACCCCCCAAGGCUUAUAAUUCCCUGCAGAAGGGGGCACUGAUCUGGGAUCCAAAGCCACUGCAGGUGAAGAAAAUUUUUGAAGCUUUGAAGAAAGGACUUAAUGAAUACCUGGAAGCACAUCAGGCUGAAUUAGAUUAUCUCUCUGGUCGACACAAAGACACAAAAAGGAACUCCAGAUUGGCUUUCUACUAUGACCUGGACAAGCAAAUCCGCUCUGUGGAGAGAUACAUCAGAAAGCUGGAAUUUCACAUAAGCAAGGUAGAAGAACUCUAUGAAGCUUAUUGUAUCCAGUGCAGGCUGCGAGAUGGGGCCACUAACAUGAAACAUGCCUUUUCCCUGUCCCCUUCCACCAAAGCCUCCAGAGAGAGUCUAGUGGAGCUUUACAAGAACUUCCAAGAGUGCACAGAGGACAUGUGCUUCAUAGAGGGGGCCUUGGAGGUCCACUUGGGAGAGUUCCACGUGAAGAUGAAAGGGCUGGUGGGCUUUGCACGUCUCUGCCCGGGGGACCAGUAUGAGGUGUUUGUGCGACUGGGGCGCCAGAAAUGGAGGUUGAAAGGCAAGAUCGAGACCGAUGACAGCCAGACAUGGGAUGAGGAGGAGAAGAUUUUUAUACCCAAUCUCCACGAGAAGUUUGAAAUUAAGGUGACAGAGCUGCGAGGACUGGCCACUAUUCUGGUUGGUGUCGUGACAUGCGACAGCAUCAACUUCUUUACAACCAAGCCUCAGGCCAUCAUUGUGGACAUCACUGAACUGGGCACCAUCAAGCUGCAGCUGGAGGUCCUCUGGAACCCCUUUGACACAGAGAACCUGUUUUUGUCACCUGGAAGCACUGCCAAGUUUUCUGUGGGUAGCAGGAAGAGCUCGUUAUACAACUGGACCCCCCCAAACACCCCCAGCUUCAGAGAGAAAUACUACCUGUCUCUUUUGCAGCUGAGGCAGAACCAGGGGGAUGUAAGUGAUGAAGCCCAGCCCCCCAGCAUUCUGAGCUACUUGGCUGCCUGUGAUUUUGAUGACCAUGGGAGGAGCAAAGCUCACAAUCCUGCGGAGACCAGUGAGGGAGACUCGUUCAGCUCUGAGGACCAGAAAGGGGCAGAAUCCCGAAGUACAACUCCAGCUCUGGACCACAGGCCAUUGGUGAUUAUUCAAGAGACUGGUGCAGAAGAGCACCAGCACCCUCUCCCAGAUCACACAACUCUGGAUAUCCUGAAGAAGACUCCAUGUGGGGAUGGAUUUCCAAGUAACCCCUCCAGUCUCCCGAAUCGCCACAAGGGCAGGAGGGAUUCUGUGAGCCAGCCCAGGACUCGGCGCCUGGCAGAGCAGGAGGACAGCAGCCAGAAAAGCUGGAAUGCUGCAAGUGACCCGAGACUGGAUGGACAUACAAAGUCUGUUGACAAGACUCUCCAAGAAGUGUUGAAUUUGCUGAAAUCACACGAUGUGGGGCAAGCCCAGCUGGAGAAAUUGGAAUACCAGGUUUCGUCUCUGAGGGAUAAAUUAAAGCAAAAGACACUUCAUCACAAACACUCAUCUAUGGAGAGUUUAAUGGUGGAGACAGUCCUGGAAAGCUUUGACUUCCUAAACGCUGACUGCAGUGCUGAUGAGCUCUCGCUGUUUGGGAGCAUCAGGACAGCCAGUGUCAGCACAUACAAUGAGAACACACUGAAGUCCCUGAGCUGUGACACGAGACCAGAAACUCAAGAUGUCACUACUGGUGAUGACAACUUAGACACGCUGUUGAUAACUCACCUGAAGCUGUGCAAAGGUCUUCUGCAGAAACUGAGGUCACCAAACAUAGCCCAGGUUGUCCAGGAGAGCAUUUUGGAAGAAGUAUCUGAGCAGACCCAAGUGCUGGGGGAUGUCCUGGAUAUGUCUGUUGAAGAAAUUAUUCAGAAGACUAAGAAGAAGAAGCACUAUCUGAAGAUGUGGAGUGACCUUGCAGAGCCUGGCAGCAUCUUGUUGGCUUCAGCAGAAAGGUUCCGUCACGCCCUGAAAUACACGAUGAUGCUCAGAGUGAAGGAGAAGUACCCCAGGCAGCUGGAAGCAGUGCUGCAGAGGCUGCUGGAGCAGAUCCUCACCUGUGAUGGGUUGCUCCCCACUCCGAACCUCCAAACAGAACCAGUUACUUUAUUCCAGUUUUAUAGCUACCUGGACAAGCACCACAUUGCCAGCCUGGAGAAACACUUGGGAAAACUUGCCAAGGAAGUGAUGCUGAUCGAGGAGCUGCAGUGCCCCGGGAGGCUGAAGACGCUGAAGAAGCUGAAGGGGAAGCGGCUGAACAAGCUGCAGCCGCUCCCGCAGACGCUGCGGCUGCUCGGGGAGCUGCAGCUGGACGAGAACCACCGAGUGAGCAAAGCGGCCACGUCCUGCCUGUGCCGCGCCGCCGCCAGCAGGAGCCUCAGGGCCAAGGCUGUGUUGUUUUACACUGAUGCUUUAUCUGACUGUGAUGCAAGACUUCAGCAAGCUGCAUGUUUGGCUCUUAAGAACCUCAGGGCUGUGGAGAGCAUUGAGCAGGUUGCCCACCUGUGCCAGUCUGAGACAGAGGAAGUCAGGAAUGCAGCCAGGGAAACAACGCUGUCCUUUGGGGAAAAGGGCCGCCAAGCCUUCGAGAAAAUGGACAGGAUCUGCUGUGAACUGAGGGAAACUGCCCAGCACGAGGCCGAGAUUGAAAUCACAGUGUUUUAGGAGUGCAAGGGGAGGAGCUGCAUCCCCCUGUCCUCACAGCCACACGGGGACCUGAGGGAUGGCUUUGGUUGUCCCUGCUCUGUCCGUGCUGCAUCCUGCCCCAGGACAGGCUCAUUUCCAAAGGGCAGAGUUUGCAGUCUCCACAGUUCAGGCUGGAACACAUUUUCUCACCAUCUCUCAGCACAUGAUCAAAUACCAAGUGCCUGGAUGAAUGAAAGCUGGGAUCUCUUGGAAUGUGGCACCAGGUUGUCACUGGAGUUAAAAUCUCCAUCUUGCUGGAAUUAGCUGCCCCUGCUCAGACUGUAACUCCAGUAUGAUUUAUUUUCCCAUGAAGUGUUUUAUUAAUUUGGCAUUUCCUGAGGGAGAAAUGAUCACUCUCCAACAGUCCCUCUGGAAGGCAGCAGACAACAGCCUUUUACACCAACAGAUCCAGCAGCAUUGCUCAGUGGGUUCUUUUGCCUGGACAAUUUGGUUACAGAAGGAAAACUUGUUACUUCCAAAGUCUUCAGCCUGGUUGCAGCUUAGGCCACGUUCCAGCAGGGACUCAGAGUGUGUGGGAGCAGUGUGUGUGCUGAGCAGGAGGGUCUGUGUUGGGUUUGCCAGGUGCAGGUCUGACUGAGGGAGGGACAGGUUUGGGUUGGUUUUAAAUUUUGAGUUUAGUCAUAGAUCAAGACUUCUCAUAAUCAUCCCCCUGGUGUCAGGCCCUUCCUCAGCCCCUGGCUGGCAGGGCAGGGUGGCCGUGGAGAGAAGCCUGGCCUCAGGUACAAUACUUGAAAGGGUUGGGCUUGUGUGUACAUAUUUUUAUAUAUAUAUAUGUGUGUAUAAAACGUUUCUAUUCAGUAUUUAUUUGUUGGAUUUCAUACUGUUUUCUGAAGUUCUAAUAAACCACUGAGCCAA